UGUUAUAUCAAAGCAUUUAGAGAAUCUAAUAUCCUAUAAUACUUAAUGCAAGUUGAUGAUUCUAAUUUGUUGCACAUUCUGAAUAAGUAUUACUUAUAUUAUGUUCCGGUAGUUUUUGGAUUUUGGUUAUAAAGUGUGGUUCUAGAGUUUGGUUCCUGGUUGUGUUAUAUUGUACUAUAUCUUCUGGUUGCGCUAUAGAUUGUGGUAACUAUCUCCUGGUAGUGCAAACGUGUCUAACUACUUUCUGGUUGUGUUAUACUGUUGGUCUAAUUCCUGGUUGUGUUAUAGAGUGUGCCACCUGGUUAUAUAUAGAGUAUGGUAACUCCUGAUUGUGUUAUAGAUUCGUUUAACUAUUUCCUUGUUGUGUUAAAGAGGAUUCAUCUAAGGAAACUACCAUGCGCUCUGAAGCUGAGCAGCCCGAGAGAUGAGAAAGGGGGGGAGUCCCAGAAACCUGUGAUUCUGUUGCCGAAACCUUUCAAAGUGAAGAUAAAAAACAACUCAAUCAUUGAAAAACUGCAGGCCAACCUCGCCCUGUCCCCCAGCUCUCUGUUUCCCUUACCGCGGACCCCCGAGGUUAAGCUCCGGACGGCCUGCGCCCCCCCGUCCCCUGCCCCGGUGCCCUGUUCCCCCGGCAGCCCCCGCAGCAGCCCCCCACCACCGCCGCCGCCACAUAUCCGCCAGUCCAGCGAGGAGGAGGAGGCGGUUUGCUUCGAGUCCCCGCCAGAGGGCAACCCCCUCCCCAGCUUCAACAAGACACGUGCACGCCUGUCCGUCAAGAGGCGCCCACCCACCAGACGCCACCGCCAUUCCCUGGGAGAGGAGGGGGCGCGCGGCAACGGCCUGACUCCAUGGCAACCGGAGCCGGCCAGUCCCGGACCGGAGCAGAACACGGGGAAGGAGGCGUCGGAACGCAUGUCACAGGACCCUACCGCUCCCCUGAACCAAUCAGAACGCAGGGAGGAGAACCAUGCACAGACAGUUGGGGAUGAGGACACGGCUGAAAGCGCUGAAGGUCGCGAAGCAGAUCUGGCAACCCUGGGGGGUACGGAUGCUUCGGAGGAUGAACGGCGACCCACUGCCUCUGCUGGCAUUUGCAGGAAGGAGGAAAUUACUGCCAAGAAUGCAUUGCAACAGGAGGAACGGGAGACGGCCUAGACUGCAUAAAUGUUUCCAUGCAGUAAAGGAACAGAAAAUCCAUCAGGGUUAAUAAGUUAUUCGAUAGUUCAAAGAUCAGUACACAGAUGACAGAACUACAGAUUAUAAUAUUCAAAGAGCAUUGAGUAUCAUCAGGCAAAACUAUUUGUUGAAAAACUAAAAUAUUGGUUUUAGUGUUUAAAACCACUUGAAAGCCUUAGGUUUUGAUGAAUUUGCCCUGAGAUUAAACUCUUAUUGCCUUUGUCUCCAUCUA